AUGAACAUCACAUGCUGUGACACAGACGGCUGCAAUGCUGCCAACCAAACCAUCAUGGUUUCAGAAGGCUCUCUGCAGUGUUACAGCUGUUACUACAACUUAAGUGAAUGCACAGCUGUGACCUGCAACGAACUAGAGGUCUGUGCUAUGAGUCUUCGUAACGCCACAGUGCAGCUUUACGGAUGCGUCUCUAAGAAUUUGUGCAACUCUAACUUUGGGCAACGUUACUUUGGCGAAUUAUCAUGCUGCGACACACACCUCUGCAACGACCCAACCAAGAAUACUUCACUAUCACCAAUUACAUUGCCUCCAACCAACAUGACAACUGAGCCUCCAACCAACAUGACAACUGAGCCUCCAACCAACAUGACAACUGAGCCUCCAACCAACAUGACAACUGAGCCUCCAACCACCAAGACAACUGAGCCUCCAACCAACAUGACAACUGAGCCUCCAACCACCAAGACAACUGAGCCUCCAACCAACAUGACAACUGAGCCUCCAACCACCAAGACAACUGAGCCUCCAACCACCAAGACAACUGAGCCUCCAACCACAGCUGAGAAUAUCAUUGCACAUGUUAAAAUGCAAAUAAUGACUUCUGGAAGCGUCAGCGAAGAAAUUAUUUUGGAUUUUAUCAAGCAGUUUUUUAAAGAUCAACUGAUUGACCUGGAUCCUUCUGUCAUUAUUAAAAAAAUUGUUUAA